AUGUCCCACCACGUGUCAGAGGAGCAAGAACUUCGGAAGCAUCCCCUGUGUGACCAUGCCUCAUGGGUGCCAAAGCUGCUGGCUUUGCUUCAAGCUGCCCAAAAUCUGUCCUGCCCUGCUGGAUCUACAGAGUCCCGACUACGUCUGCCACCAGCUGUGGGAGGACGUCGGAGCCUAGGCUGCCUGAGUCUCCCACGGUGCCCGCAGUCCCCAAGUUUCCUUGCUUUCCCAGCCCUGCGCGACUGCCACACCAAACACCAAACCUUGGGCAGGAACCAAAACGGUCACUUCCCCGCCCUCCGGGCGCAGUAUGCAAAUCCGAGCACCAGGAAGUGGCCGGGACCUCUCGGCCGAGCCCAGCGACAGCCAGUUCCUCUCCCACCGAGCGGGGCCGCGCUGCCACUCGCUGCCCGGCCCUGGCGCCUCCGGCAGCCGCCACCCCGGCCCGGAGCCCGCGUCCCCGGCCCGCGCCCCUCCCCAGCCGGGCCCCGCCGCGCCCCCCGCUCUGAACCCGAGGCACCACCGUGGAGCUCCGGCGCUGCCGCCCCGAAACUUUCACGGCGAGCGGGUGAGUUCCGGGCUGGACCCCGGGAGGUGACGCCGGGUGGACGCGCGGGGACAGCGGCGGCGCCGGGUGCAGCCGGCCAGCGGGCUGGCUGGGGACCGGGCUGCGCUGCGGGCCGCGGCCUCCGGGCGCCCGCCCCGGGCCGAUCGCGUCUGGGCGCCGUCCGCGGGUGGCCGGCCCGGAGCCCGGGGCCAGCGGCGCCGCAGGUGUCCGCCCGAGCGCGCAGGGGCGUGGCGGGAGGCGCCGCGGUCCGCUCGGGCCACUCCCCGCGCGAGGGUGGGCAGCCUCAGUCCGCGGGCGCGCGACACCAUCCCGGUGGGGACGCCUCGGUGGACGGUCCGGGCUGCCCACUGGGCGCCGGGUCCCCCGAGGUGAUGCCGCUGCGGCCGGGACCUCCCCGAGCCCGCGGCCGCUGCCCUCCUUGCGGCCCCGGGCAGGAUGGUGACGUCGAGCGGCCGCGGCGGGUGCUCAGCCUCCUGCAGAGCCGGGCUCUCUCCGCCUGCAGCCCGGCGGCCCGAUGCCCCGCCGGGAGGAAGCAGGAGUUAUUUUAA